GGCCGAAGCAGAAGUAGCAGCGCCCGCGUUGGAGGGCGCGCGCGGCAGGGAGUGCCCGGAGCCGGGACCCGCGGCGGGGGCACGGCCAGCGCCCUCUUCCCUCGCUCCUGCCACCCCCCAUUCUGCCAACAAUGACCGCCCCAGUCAACGUGGACACCCUUCCUGAAUACGAGAAGAGUCAGAUCAAGAGAGCGCUGGAGCUGGGCACAGUGAUGACGGUGUUCAGCUUCCGCAAAUCCACCCCGGAGCGGAGGACCGUCCAGGUGAUCAUGGAGACGCGCCAGGUGGCCUGGAGCAAGACAGCCGACAAGAUUGAGGGCUUCUUGGAUAUCAUGGAAAUCAAGGAAAUCCGCCCGGGGAAGAGCUCCAAGGAUUUUGAGCGUGCGAAAGCUGUCCGCCAGAAGGAAGACUGCUGCUUUACCAUCUUGUACGGCACCCAGUUUGUUCUCAGCACGCUCAGCUUGGCCGCUGACUCUAAGGAAGAUGCGACUAAGUGGCUCUCGGGCUUGAAAAUCUUACACCAGGAAGCAAUGAGCGCGUCCACACCCACCAUUAUCGAGAGUUGGCUGAGAAAGCAGAUUUAUUCAGUGGAUCAAACCAGAAGAAACAGCAUCAGCCUCCGAGAGUUGAAGACCAUCUUACCCCUGGUCAACUUCAAAGUGAACAGUGCCAAGUUCCUCAAAGAUAAGUUUGUGGAAAUCGGUGCGCACAAAGACGAGCUCAGCUUUGAGCAGUUCCACGUGUUCUAUAAAAAACUUAUGUUUGAGCAGCAAAAGUCGAUUCUUGAUGAAUUCAAAAAAGAUUCUUCCGUGUUUAUCUUGGGCAACACCGACCGGCCCGACGCCUCUGCCGUUUACCUGCACGACUUUCAGCGCUUUCUCCUACAUGAGCAGCAGGAGCUUUGGGCUCAGGAUCUGAACAAAGUCCGUGAGCGGAUGACUAAGUUUAUCGACGACACCAUGAGGGAAACUGCCGAGCCCUUCUUGUUUGUCGAUGAGUUCCUCACGUACCUGUUUUCGCGGGAGAACAGCAUCUGGGAUGAGAAGUACGAUGCGGUGGACAUGCAGGACAUGAACAACCCCUUGUCCCAUUACUGGAUCUCCUCUUCGCAUAACACGUACCUCACUGGUGACCAGCUGCGGAGCGAGUCGUCCACGGAAGCAUAUAUCCGCUGCCUGCGGAUGGGGUGUCGCUGCAUUGAGCUGGACUGCUGGGAUGGGCCGGACGGGAAGCCCAUCAUCUACCACGGCUGGACACGGACCACCAAGAUCAAGUUUGAUGACGUCGUGCAGGCCAUCAAAGACCAUGCCUUUGUCACUUCAAGCUUCCCCGUGAUCCUGUCCAUCGAGGAGCACUGUUGCGUGGAGCAGCAGCGCCACAUGGCCAGGGUGUUCAAGGAGGUGUUUGGCGACCAGCUGCUGACGAAGCCCACGGAGGCCAGCGCGGACCAGCUGCCCUCACCCAGCCAGCUGCGGGAGAAGAUCAUCAUCAAGCAUAAGAAGCUGGGCCCCCGAGGCGACGUGGAUGUCGACAUGGAGGACAAGAAAGAUGAGCACAAGCAACAGGGUGAACUGUACAUGUGGGACUCCAUCGACCAGAAAUGGACUCGGCACUACUGUGCCAUUGCCAGUGCCAAGCUGUCAUUCAGUGACGAUAUUGAACAGACUGCAGAAGAGGAGCUGCCCCAGGAUACGCCCCCGACAGAGCUGCAUUUUGGGGAGGAGUGGUUCCACAAGAAGGUAGAAAAGAGGACAAGUGCCGAGAAGCUGCUGCAGGAGUACUGUGCGGAGACGGGGGGCAAGGACGGGACCUUCCUGGUGCGGGAGAGCAAGACCUUCCCCAAUGACUACACCCUGUCCUUCUGGCGGUCUGGCCGGGUCCAGCACUGCCGGAUCCGUUCCACCAUGGAGGGUGGGACCAUGAAGUACUUCCUGACUGACAACAUCAUGUUCACCAGCAUCUAUGCCCUCAUCCAGCACUACCGCGAGACGCACCUGCGCUGCACGGAGUUCGAGCUUCGGCUCACCGACCCCGUGCCCAACCCCAACCCCCACGAGUCAAAGCCGUGGUACUACGACGGGCUCAGCCGCGGGGAAGCAGAGGACAUGCUAAUGAGGGUGCCCCGGGACGGCGCCUUCCUGAUCCGGAGGCGGGAGGGCACCGACUCCUACGCCAUCACCUUCAGGGCCAGGGGCAAGGUAAAGCAUUGCCGCAUCCACCGGGAUGGCCGGCACUUUGUGCUGGGGACCUCUGCCUACUUUGAGAGCCUCGUGGAGCUCGUCAGCUACUACGAGAAGCAUGCGCUCUACCGGAAGAUGCGACUGCGCUACCCUGUGACGCCUGAGCUCCUGGAGCGCUACAAUAUGGAAAGAGACAUAAACUCCCUGUAUGACGUCAGCAGAAUGUAUGUGGAUCCCAGUGAAAUCAACCCUUCCAUGCCUCAGAGAACCGUGAAAGCUCUGUAUGACUACAAAGCCAAGCGAAGCGAUGAGCUGAGCUUCUGCCGUGGGGCCCUCAUUCACAACGUCUCCAAGGAGCCCUGGGGCUGGUGGAAAGGAGACUAUGGGACCAGAAUCCAGCAGUACUUCCCGUCCAAUUAUGUCGAGGAUAUUUCAACAGUCGACGUGGAGGUGCUGGAGAAGCAGAUUAUUGAAGACAAUCCCUUAGGGUCUCUUUGUAGGGGAAUAUUGGAUCUCAACACCUAUAACGUCGUGAAAGCCCCCCAGGGGAAAAACCAGAAGCCGUUUGUGUUUAUCCUGGAGCCCAAGAAGCCGGGCGACCCCCCAGUGGAGUUUGCCACGGACAAGGUGGAAGAGCUCUUCGAGUGGUUUCAGAGCAUCCGGGAGAUCACCUGGAAGAUGGACACCAAGGAGAACAACAUGAAGUACUGGGAGAAGAACCAGUCCAUCGCCAUUGAGCUCUCGGACCUGGUAGUCUACUGCAAGCCGACCAGCAAGACCAAGGAUAAUCUAGAAAACCCCGACUUCCGAGAAAUCCGCUCCUUUGUGGAGACCAAGGCGGACGGUGUCGUCAGGCAGAAACCCAUCGACCUCCUGAAAUACAAUCAGAAGGGCCUGACCCGUGUUUACCCAAAGGGACAGAGGGUGGACUCCUCCAACUACGACCCCUUUCGCCUCUGGCUGUGCGGCUCCCAGAUGGUGGCACUCAAUUUCCAGACUCCAGACAAGUACAUGCAGAUGAAUCAUGCCUUGUUCUCACUCAACGGGCAGACGGGCUACGUCCUCCAGCCUGAGAGCAUGAGGUCCGAGAAGUACGACCCCAUGCCACCAGAGUCCCAGAGGAAGAUCCUGAUGACUCUGUCUGUCAAGGUUCUCGGGGCUCGCCAUCUCCCCAAACUUGGACGAAGUAUUGCGUGUCCCUUUGUGGAGGUGGAAAUUUGUGGAGCUGAAUAUGACAACAACAAGUUUAAGACAACAGUUGUGAAUGACAAUGGCCUAAGCCCUGUUUGGGCUCCAACACAGGACAAAGUGACCUUUGAAAUUUAUGACCCCAACCUGGCGUUUCUGCGCUUUGUGGUCUAUGAGGAAGAUAUGUUCAGUGAUCCCAACUUCCUUGCCCACGCCACUUACCCCAUCAAAGGAAUCAAAUCAGGAUUCAGAUCUGUUCCACUGAAGAACGGAUACAGUGAAGACAUUGAGCUGGCUUCCCUCCUGGUUUUCUGUGAGAUGCAGCCAGUCCUGGAAAGCGAAGAGGAACUUUACUCCUCCUGCCGCCAGCUCAGAAGGCGGCAGGAAGAACUGAACAAUCAGCUCUUUCUGUACGACACACACCAGAACUUGCGCAAUGCCAACCGGGACGCCCUCGUUAAAGAGUUCAACGUCAAUGAGAACCAGCUCCAGCUGUACCAGGAGAAGUGCAACCGGAGGUUAAGAGAGAAGAGAGUCAGCAACAGCAGGUUUUACUCCUAGGAGACGGGGCACAUGACUAAGGGGGUCACGUGUGCAUUUGUCCUCUCUUCAGGCCCUGGGAAUAUGCUCAUCUGUGGGGUCAUCCUCUCCUCAAGCCUGGCCUCAAGAGGACAUUUCUGGAGAUCCCAUUGGCAGGAGUUGAGGUUAUUUCCUGCUCAUUUUUUCAUCUCGGACAGUUUCUUAACUUAUAUUUUCUAUAGAGGAUCGUGGAAACUGUGUUCCUCAUUUUUGGCCUCUCGUGUUCCAAACCCCCUUGAAUAAAAGCCGUGAAAAUCCCGCUCAGUUACCCCUCCUGUGCACGACCCAUACAAUGACCAGCAUCCCUUUUCCACCUCUAGAGACCCAGGUAGUUGACUUCCACGGGGGGAGGAGGCCAAUAUGUAAGGAACGGAUUCAUUAGAUUCUGCAAAGGAGGUUAACUAAAAGGCAAACGAUUCCUCAGUUAAGGCCACCGGCUUUCACCAGGGCCCACGGAGGAGCCCUGCCCCCGGCUGCCGUCCCUGCCGGCCUCCCCUGGCCCGGGUCAGCGGGCUCAGCUCCGAGCAUGCUCCCGCUGGCUGGCCACACCUCAAAGGGGGGGUGGAUUCCCCCCUCAAAGGGGGAUUGAAUCUUCAGGAGGACAGCUUCAGUCCAUGGUGGAGGCUUGCUCUGUGACCGCAGUUAUGGGGGGUGGGUGGGGACCCCUUUGAAUUAGAAAGUCUGUCAGAGAGACCAGAAACUCACUGAAGGCUCAGCCAGCCUCUUAACCCCUGGCUCUGCUCACUCAGGAGCUGGCUGCGAGCCCGUGGAGAGGCCCCGAGUCCACAGCUCUCCACAGACAAGAGGUCAUCUACUGAUUUGAAAAAGUGACGACAGUUAGCCCUCCGGGUCAUCCCAUUUUUCUGGACCACCAAGCUAAGCCUUAGCACAAAAAAAUCCCAUCUGCAGCCAUCCCGGAAGGGGCUGACCCACCUAGGACAGAGGGUAUUCCUCUCCAGCUCGAUGCGGAUACAACCGAGUGAUGUACAGGGUGAGGGUUUAAUAAGGUUUCUCAAAGACAAGGAUAGUGUGGGGGUGGAGGGCAGGACGCUGUAAAGUCACAACUUGCUCAGAGGGAAUGGAGAAUUGACUUGGUGGGGGAGGGGAGGUAACUGUGAGAAAACACAUUGUAUCAGGAUGACCAACUAGCAAGAAGCCUGGUGGGUUGACUGCUUGGAAAUGGAUCCUAGCAACCCCUUCAGGAACCCCCUACUUACCCUGGACUUAGCAAGUCUGCGUUAUUGCUGGGAAGUCCAUUAAAACCAGCCAGGCUGUGUGUGAUCAAAAGGCCUUAUGCCUGCAUUCCAAAAAAAGUUUUUAAGCACCUCAAAAUACCAAGCACUGUGCCCAUGGUCAGGGGUACGAUGUAAAAAAAAAAAAAAAAAAA